CUCAGGACCAUGGCUGAAUCCAUCACCUAUGCAGAUCUGCGCUUUGUGAAAUCCCCUCUGAAGAAGACCCUUUCAGCUAAGCUGAAGCAGGUUCCUGAGGUGGAUGAGGAUGGGGAGCUCACCUAUGAAAAUGUGCAGGUCCCUUCAGCCAAGGAUGUGUUCCCCAGCCCAGCUCAGCCUGGCCUUGGGGGACAAACAGGAGGGGAAAAGACAGAAAAGCCAGUUGCUACACCUUAUUCAGUGACCUCACCAAUUGCCAGGAGGAUUCUGCCCUGCCCUGUGGCCUGGACACCAUACAUUCUCCUGAGCCUGCUGGGCACUUGUUUGCUGUUGGGGGUCACCACUAUCAGCCUGGGCAUUCAAUAUAUGCAGAUAUCUCAUCAGCUUAGAAACACCAAGCAGGUCCUGGAAGUCACCAAUGGUAGCCUACUGCAGCAGCUCCAAAUAGGGGCUAUCCAAUUAUCAAGGAAGGAAAAGGAUCUGCACGCUGCCAGGGAGGAGCUGGCCCAGACCCAGCAGAACCUGGAGGUAGAAAAGGGGCAGCACCAGGCUGCUGAGGACUACCUGCUGACCUGCAGGUCAGAAAAGAAUAAGACAGAACUGAGCCUGAAGGACAAUAUGGAGGAGAAGAGAAACCUGGAAGAAAAGCUGAAAACCUUGCAGAAUGGGUUGAAGCAAGUUCGGCGCCUUCUCCCUUGCUUAUUCCAGAGUAAUGGCCAGGAGUCCAGACAUCCUCAUCAGUUCCCAGAUUACUACUGUCCCUUGGGCUGGACACAAUUUGAGGGAAAAUGCCUGUACAUCUCAAGCAGCCAGAAGACGUGGAAGCAGAGUAACUCGUUUUGUCAAUCUCUGUCCUCAAAGCUGUUUGUUCUUUCGUCACGGGUAGAGAAAGAUUCUAUAAUGGAGAUACUUAAGAGAGAAAAAAUACUUAAUGACAUCUGGAUCCAGGGGUGGCAAUGGAACAAUAAACGCGAUCAAGAUCACAAUACAUACCAGUGUGCAACUUUGAACCGUCCCUAUUCCUAUUACUCAACUUUUGAGUCCUGUAAUAAGAGUUUGCUCUUCAUGUGUGAGAAAGAAGCCAUCACACGUCCUGUUGAGUUGGAGGACUACCUUUGUCACUGAGCUGGGUUCAAAGCUUCAGGAUUUAGCUCCUCCUCAAGUCUUCUAGGCCUGUGAAGUCAGUGCCUAGAUUAAGGACUGGAUGAACACUUCUCUAAGCCAGUAUUCACAUCUGAUCCCUCCUCUAUUUCAAGUCUUGUACAAGAGAGGUUGAAGCACUCCUGGGGAGAGGGGGAUCAGCCUCAAGUAGAGGGAUUUGGAUUCUGGCAUCUUCACUGAAGCCCCUGGCCCACUCUUGGGCCUCCAUGAGAGGUAUUUACUCUAGGAGAGGGGAGGAGGAGGGGGAAGAGGAUACAUGGGCAGAUUGGGUG